AUGGCCAAUGAUUUAACUAUGACACAACAGAAGACUGAGAAGCUCAAACUUGGAUCACCUACUAAGAACCCUAAGGAGGGACCGUCAAAGAAGCGAAGGGCGGCUAACGUCGGCCACUUCCAGCGGGAUGUAGGGCCGGACCAGUUCUUGCGCAUCGUCUUCAGGCCUACCUUCAACCGGUUCCGGAUCCCUCAUGAUUUCGUCAGGUGGUUCGGAGAAAUCCCUUCGAACAUCAUCGUCACCAGCAACACUAGCUACUACUUGAGGAUUACUACGGUGAGAGAAGGCGAUGACGCAUACAUCGACCAGGGGUGGGCGGCCUUCGCCGUCGCUCAUCAGCUGCAGAUAGGCCAGUUCCUCAUCUUCAAGAAGGUGUCAACCUUCCAGUACAAUGUGCUCAUCUUCGACCACACCUACACUGAGGUGAUGACCAUGUGUCGUUACCAUGGCAACGCCACCAGGUGUGUCGUCUUCCAAAGUCAUGUCUGA